UCUCCAGCACCUAGGAGCAGCAUCAGUCAUUGCUCGCUCCCAGCAGGACACACAAGCAGCAAUGAGGAUCCUGGUGUGCGUGUACUUGUGCGGUCUGGCCCUGGCAGCCCUGGCUGAGGAGAAGCAGGUGAAGGAGAAGCGAGGACUCACUGGCUCUCUGGGAGGCUACGGAGGUGGACUAAGUGGCGGCUAUGGUGGUAGCUAUGGUGGCAUCUACGGAGGCGGUUAUGGAGGCGGCUAUGGAGGCGGCUAUGGAGGUGGUUACGGAGGAGGAUUAGGAGGCGGUCUGGGAGGCGGCAUCUCAGGUGGUUUUGGUGGUGCCAUCGGAGGUGGAGCCCCUCAGGUGACUGUCAACCGAGUCCCCGUCCCUGUCCCAGUGCCUGUCGAGAAUACCAUCCCAGUUCCAGUGAGGGUUCCAGUGACUGUCCCCGUGGAGCGGCCUGUUCCCGUCCACGUACCGCAGCCGUACCCUGUCCCUGUGGACAACCCUGUGCCCGUCCCCGUCAAGGUCCCCACCCCAGUGUCCGUCCCAGUACCUCAGCCCUACGUCGUUAAGCGUCCAGUGCCCUACGUCGUCAGCGCCGGCCACGGCGGUCUCGGAGGAGGUCUCGGCGGUGGUCUCGGAGGAGGCCUGGGCGGUGGUCUCGGAGGAGGCCUCGGAGGCAAAUUCGGUGGAGGCUACAGCGGCGGCUUCGGCGGAGGCUACGGCGGUGGCUUUGGAGGACUCGGGGGCUACGGAAAAUAUGGAGUUGGAGGAGGGGUAGCGCUGAGCAGCGGUAUAAAAGAUCUCCAUAGCCUAGGAGCAGCAUCAGUCAUUGCUCGCUCCCAGCAGGACACACAAGCAGCAAUGAGGAUCCUGGUGUGCGUGUACUUGUGCGGUCUGGCCCUGGCAGCCCUGGCUGAGGAGAAGCAGGUGAAGGAGAAGCGAGGACUCACUGGCUCUCUGGGAGGCUACGGAGGUGGACUAAGUGGCGGCUAUGGUGGUAGCUAUGGUGGCAUCUACGGAGGCGGCUAUGGAGGCGGCUAUGGAGGUGGACUAAGUGGCGGCUAUGGUGGUAGCUAUGGUGGCAUCUACGGAGGCGGUUAUGGAGGCGGCUACGGAGGCGGCUAUGGAGGUGGUUACGGAGGAGGAUUAGGAGGCGGUCUGGGAGGCGGCAUCUCAGGUGGUUUUGGUGGUGCCAUCGGAGGUGGAGCCCCUCAGGUGACUGUCAACAGAGUCCCCGUCCCUGUCCCAGUGCCUGUGGAGAAUACCGUCCCAGUUCCAGUGAGGGUUCCAGUGACAGUACCCGUGGAGCGGCCUGUUCCCGUCCACGUACCGCAGCCGUACCCUGUCCCUGUGGACAACCCUGUGCCCGUCCCCGUCAAGGUCCCCACCCCAGUGUCCGUCCCAGUACCUCAGCCCUACGUCGUUAAGCGUCCAGUGCCCUACGUCGUCAGCGCCGGCCACGGCGGUCUCGGAGGAGGUCUCGGCGGUGGUCUCGGAGGAGGCCUGGGCGGUGGUCUUGGAGGAGGCCUCGGAGGCAAAUUCGGUGGAGGCUACGGCGGCGGCUUCGGCGGAGGCUACGGCGGUGGCUUUGGAGGACUCGGGGGCUACGGAAAAUAUGGCCACUGAAACCUAAGGCUGAACCCAACAUCUUCAAAUGUACACGCUACCAGGACGUGUCCUGCACAUAGAAAUAAACUCUUUCAAAUAAUA